ACUUCAUUCCCUUAUCUGGAAACUUUCUCUGUUUCUCUCUGGUAACUAUCAGUCGGAAUCCGAAAUCCACUGCUUCUUAUUGCACAGCGAGUCGACAUCCACGGGGGUAAUCACUGCAUUUCUGCACAUAAACGUGCCUGCAUGGGCAUUCAGAUCAUGAAAAUCAAUCUCAGGAUGUCAGUUUCCGCAAGAGUUCAGAUUCGUCACGUAUUUGGAAAGUAGACUAUUUUUUAAUAUUCUCGGCACAAUAAUUCGGUACGUCGCUCUCAGUUAUUGGAGCUAGAAUUCUUGUGAACGACCUGGUAGAUGCGAGUAUAUUGCUAUGCAGCUCACAACUUAAGCUCCACAUUUAAUCGGUGUCUUCGCAUCUUUUGAAGUUAUUGAAUUCUUCUCUGUGGAUUUUGAGUUCACUUGUGGUUCUAGCUGAUUGAGUCCGUUGAGUUCGUGCUACGGCACAGGUCCAGUGGCGAUCUUGCUGCAGUGGUUAAAUAUGAAUCAAUAAGUGCGUACCAUGAACUCAAGCGACUGUAAGAGCCUGAUGGGUUUGGUGCAGUGCCAGGCUGCCAGUCUCCUGCCGUUUGAGAUUUUGUUUGUCUCGUGAUCACUGUUUACCCUUUCCUGGUAGGCCAAUUACACGUGUUUUGUGGCACUUCUUGCCCUCUGUGGAUGGAUCUGAUAUACAAUCUAACUAAAUCGAGGUGGAAUUACGUCCAGCAAUUGCCAUCACUCAUCGUGGUUGCUUGCGACGCAAAGUCAUUGCCUUUUGAUGCUGUGUCGAUAACGUCUCUCCAAGGUAUAAUUCAAGUUUGUGCGGGUACGAUUUCUACAGGGAAUCAAAUAGCUGCUGAGCGGAGCAGCCACUGCACUGCAGUUAAACAGAGGAAUGGCCCCGAUUCCAAUAGCUUCGAGGCUCCAGGUUUUCAAGACAGUGGCCAAGGGGAGAUGGUUCGUUGUAGCAGUGGGAAUUGUGGUCUUGAUUGCGAGUGCUGGAGCCUACAGCUUCAGUGUAUACUCGCAGAGGCUCAAAUCUGCACUGGGAAUCAACCAAGAGAAUCUCAACCUCAUUGCUAAUUUUAAGGAUUUGGGUGUGAACUUCGGAUUGUUCUCGGGGUUGCUGUAUGAUUACUGGUCGCCGGGAGGGGUGCUCUUCCUGGGAGCACUCGAAACAGCUGCGGGAUACUCUUUGGCAUGGCUCGCAGUGACGAAGAAAAUCCCUCCCUCUCUCUGGCAAAUGUGCUUGUUCCUCCUCGUCGGCGCAAAUUCGCAGUCCAUGCUCAACACUGCCGUCCUGGUUCAGUGUGUGAAGCUUUUCCCCGCCAGCAAGGGCGCUAUGAUCGCCCUCCUGAAGGGCUACAUCGGCAUAAGCGGCGCCAUUCUUAUUCAGAUCUACAUCACCAUUUGCGGUUCCGAGAAUCCAGACAACUUUAUCCUGAUGCUAGUUUGGUUGCCGUCGGCCGUUGCGCUGCUUUCCAUUCUCGUCAUUCGGCCAUUGCCACCAUUUCGAGGGCUGCCACAGGGCAAGCAUAUUUACUGGCUCCUGGGCCUCGGGUUCGUGCUUGCCUUUUACUUGAUGGGAGUGAGCGUGGCGCAAAACCUGAUGAAUUUGAGCACAACUGGCGAGCAGGCAAUCGGCAUUAUCUUGCUGAUUCUAAUUUUCAUUCCACUCCUCUUCAUCACCUUUCAGUCUGAAGUUUAUGGUAAGAAGAGUUGCGAAGAUCCGUCGACAUCAUGCGAAUUAUUCGAUGUACUGGAACACCCAGUUGAUCGCCAAAGCUUCGGCACAGAGCAAAGGGUCUUUGAUAUGAAAGAGGAUAUGGUCGAGGCGUCUAAGGACUCAAAAUCAGAUAGCGAAACUGAGAUUCCGAUAUCUGCUAACGGAGCGCAAGGAUCAUACGACAAGGAACAUCUGAGACCAGAUGAAGUUGCAGAGACCAAUCCACGGCGCAACGUGGACGCAGAACUUGAUUCGAAGCCCGCGGAGGAUGGGCAUAUCAAGGGGUGGCCGAGGAAAGGAGAAGACCACACCAUCUGGCAAACCUACAGAUGCCUCGAUUUCUGGCUUCUGUUCAUAGCGACAACAUUCGGGGUUGGAUCGGGGCUCACAGUAACCGACAACAUGGGCCAAUUAGGGCUGUCUCUUGGCUACUCGUCUUCGAAAGUUGGAACAUUCGUGUCGCUCGUGAGCAUCUGGAACGCAAUCGGCCGCUGGGUUGGCGGUUUCCUCUCUGACAUCCUGCUGCGUCGCUAUGGCUUUUCCCGGGCCAUGUUCCUCAUGAUCAUGAUGACGCUCAUGUCGUUAGCCUUUCUGCUGAUCGCAAUCAACGUGCCGGGUUGCCUGUACUUUGGAUCAAUAUUUCUCGGCCUCUCAUUCGGUGCGCAGUACCCCCUGUAUGCAACCAUCGUUGCAGAUAUCUUUGGGUUGAAGUACUAUGCCACUCUGUAUAAUAGCAUCGGGCUCGCAAGCCCUGUAGGGAUGUACUUGCUCUCCGUCCCCGUGGUCGGCCGAUACUACGACGACGAGGCAAAGAAAGAAUUGUCGGAAAGUACAAAUGUUACAAGCAAUAAUUCUAAUUUGGUUUGCCUCGGCAGUUCUUGUUUCGGUCGGUCUCUGCUAGUUCUGAUAGGGGUCACUGUCGGUGCGGCGGUUUCCGCCGGAGCGCUGUGGUACAGGACUAGAAACCUUUAUAGAGAAGUUCAAGAAAAGUAUCAGCAAUCAAUUAGGGACGCUGAUGGGGACUCGCCAAAGUCUAGAGUUGUCGACACAAAAAUGCAGUCGGCAAAUUUUGUGAAAGGUAAUGUGUAGGUGAACAAGUGAAAAGCUGGGACUCAUCUCAGAGCACUGGUUAUCUUUGUAACAUAUUAAGGUGCCGCUCAAUGUAUCAUAUCCUACAACUUUGCACGGCGACUUCUAGCUGGCAGACACGCCUAGCAUGUGAGAAUUUGCAGUAAUCUAACUUCGUCCUUCUUCAUGAACGUAUCGCUACUUCAAGUGAGGCUCUUAGUUUUAGUAGUGCAUGUUCUAAAAACUGUAGAACAACGCCCGAAACUUGUUAACCAUGUGGGUUGUAGGUCUGUGCUCAGUCUUAUUCAGGCACAGUUUUCCGCUUUCGAAAAUGGUGUGAUCACUUAUAUCAGAUUAAAGAAAUAGUUAUAUUUGCUUGAA